AUGAGCGCCCCAGAGUCUCCCGAUCAGCGGCACUUCUUCUCUCACCUUUCGAGCAGACAAACCUCUGCUGCUCCUGGCUCUCCCACAGCCGCCGCCCCUCCAGGAGCUCCACCAACCCGUACGACCACCAACCGGCUUCCCAUUUUGAAGGCACAGUCAGGAGCACGCAACAAUGUCACCGCCGUGGUUGGCGAGUUCGUCGGAACUUUCCUCUUCCUCUUCUUCUCGUUCGCGGGCACGCAGCUUGCCAACACUCCCGCGUCGACGAGCACCGAGCCAAACCAUACCGCGCUCAUCUUCAUUGCUCUCUCCUUUGGCGUAUCCCUAACAGCAAACGUUUGGGUCUUCUACCGCAUCACAGGCGGCAUGUUUAACCCUGUGGUCACUCUUGCUCUCGUCAUCUGCGGUGGCCUCCCCAUCACCCGCGCCCUGCUCAUCAUGCCCACUCAAAUCCUUGCCGGUAUGAGUGCUGCCGGUGUCAUCUCCGCCCUUCUACCCGGGCCUUUGGCCGUUACCAACAGCUUGGGAGGCGGGGCCAACACAGCCCAAGGCCUCUUCAUUGAAAUGUUCCUCACAGCCCAGCUGGUCUUCACGAUUCUCAUGCUGGCCGUUGAGAAGCAUCGCUCAACCUUCCUGGCCCCUGUUGGCAUCGGUGCCUCCUUCUUCCUAGCCGAACUAGUCGGCUGCUACUGGACUGGCGGUGCUCUCAACCCAGCUCGUGCCUUUGGCCCCGCCGUCGCUACCCGCACGUUCCCCAACUACCACUGGAUCUACUGGCUGGGCCCCAUCAUGGGAUCUCUGCUGGCUUCAGGCUUCUACCUUCUGUUGAAGGCUAUGCAGUACCAGGAGUGCAACCCCGGUCAGGACGCGAGUGGCGCUGAUCUCGAGCGCUAUGAGGAUCGUCACGCCCAGCACCACACGACCACCGAGGAGCCCAAGGUGUAA